AUGGGAAGGCUAUACUACUGGCCCCAAUACCAUGAAACUGUAGAAGUUGAUGCACAGGCAGGCAGCCACCCGCAAGACACCGACUUGCUGCUACCCGCGCUCCCAUGUUUAGCCUGGACUGUCCGCCAUUCCCCACUCCGUCAUUGGUUAUCUGGGCAGCGGGCGACAACACACUCAACCACGACCGAUAGAGUAGAGGCGCCAGCACCGCUACACACCGCCGUCGACGGAACAACAAGAACACGCUGCUACGGCCUUUGUCUUUGCUCUGUACAUGUGUGUGUGUUGGGGUGGAGUCGCUUUGACCGACUCCACUACAACCACAGUCUGCAACUCCAGAGCUCUCCUGACCGGACCAAAUCACUACACCAGACCCCGCCGCAGUUUCACUGGAGAAGACCGUUUAUCGCGCAGAGACCUACGCUCACUUGUAGUGCGGUCCGUCCAUCAGUGACUCCGCCACAGUUAGCCUCGUCCGAGCAGCUCGUACCAGUUCGUCUGCCCGCUACUGUCGUCAUUUGCUCAACACCGCCUUUCACCUCAGUCUUACUUGCUAUUGUGGCCAUUGAGGCAGCCAACAAUAGCCUGCGUGGAACAACGAUUGCGCGACCCGCACUGCUACAAAUACCUCGACACCAAGCCUUCUACCUCGUCGUGCCCGCAACCCACUCCUACGCUCCACCCACCUACCCCAACGCGCAUCCCGAACUUCCACCGGAUGGUACCAUGGCCGCGACCACUCCUACAGUCGAAUCGAAAGACCCUCCUCAGGCAGGCGCCAACUCCCCCGCACGAAGCGACAAGAGCAGCGACAGUGAGGGGAAGGAAGUCAGGAACAAGCUCAAGGAGACACAAAUCGACGCGCAGGCCACGUCCGAUCCCCACUCUGGCUCACCCCAGCACACGAGGGACACUGCAGCAGACGUGAGCGCAUCGGGAUCAGACAGCGAGCGUGGACGCUUGCGUCGAAAGCGUAGUCGCGAAGAUUUUGAGGACGAGGGUGAGGCAGAGAAGCAGCCGGAGAAGAGGCCUGAGCUCGGAUCUGAGCGACAUCGGCGCAAGAGGUCACGGGACAUCUCCAGGGACGAAAUACCCCCUACGAAGCCAGCCCCUAGUACGAUAUCACGGAUCGCAGAGAACGAUGGAGAUGGCCAGACGAACACGCCCAAGAAGGACGACGCUGCAGCCACCACCGCUACCGACAAGGUGUCACGCACAGGCACCAGCCCCAAAACGAAGCGGACACGCGAGCAGCUUGAAGAGGAAACAGAGACUACUGAGAAGAACUCAGAAGGCAUAGCCGACAGCGGUAAGACCAGGACAGAAUCAAGCGGCGAGCGAGACACAAAACGCCUACGUGAUCAAGAAGGAGAUCAGUCGGACAAAGAUGCCGUUGAGCCAAAGACCAAGAUUCCACCAGGUAGUGGUUUUGCAAACACGUCUGCAGCAUCUCCCUUUGCCGCCAUGGCAACCAAACCUCAAGCAACGAAGACUUCUGACAAGGCAGAGUCGAUACCGCAAACAUCUGACGACAAGUUCAAGUCCUCUGGAUUUGGCAGCUUCGCCAGCUCAGCGGCGUCUCCGUUUGGAGGAUUCGGCAGCACUAAGCCGAGCACAAGCUCACCCUUUGGCGCCGCGGGCGGAAGCAAGCUUUCAUCCUUUGCUGGGAGCAAAUCUGCCGGUAGUGCUCCCAGUGGAUUUAGUGCAUUCGGCGGCUCCAGCAAGCCUACUUUGGGUGCAUCUACGUUUGGAGGUGCAACAGGCUUUGCCGGACUAGCCACCGCACCAAAGGGGCAAGGCCUUAGCUCGUUUGCUUCAGGCGGAUCGCUGGAAAUCAAGGGUUUGAAAUCCAAGUCAGACAAGCCAUUUGGUACCGCAGCCUUUGGUGAAGCAUCGGAUGAUGAAGAUGGCGAGGACUCGGGAUCCGAGACUACGAACAAAGAGGAGCGGCAAUCGAGCCAGCCUCUCCUCUCACAGCAACCGCACGAGACUGGUGAAGAAGGCGAAAGCACAGUCUGGGCCGGCCGAGCGAAGCUUUACACCAUGGCUGGUGAGGGCAGCAGUCGGGCAUGGCAGGAGCGCGGUAGCGGGAACUUCAAGUUCAACAUUACCGAUGAGGAGCCCAGGAAAGCCCGAUUCGUACUGCGUGCCGAUGGAACCCAUCGCCUGCUGCUAAAUGUAGCCGUGACGAAGAAGAUGAUUUUUGGAGGCAACGCACGAGGAGAGAAGCCCGAGGACACGCGGUUGCUAUUCAACUCGCCAACUCAAGAUGGCGAGCUGGAGAUGCAUUUGCUCAAGUUGAAAGCCGACAACGCUAUCAAGCUAUGGGAGGAGGUCACCAGAGUCCAGGAAAAGGAAUUGUAG